UUGAACAGUUUUAUGUUUGGACAUUGCUUUAAUUCCAUAUUCAGUUUGUUCCAUAGUUUCACUCCAUGAACAGAAACACAAAAGCCUUUUCUUUUAGUACGUACCUUCAUUGUUUUGAAGUUACAAAAACCCCUUAAAUUAUAACUUCCUUCUUUCAAAAAAAAACAUACUCUGAAUAUUACCUGGCAGUUCUUUAUUUAUUGAACAUAGUUGGAAGCUCAUUCAUCAAACGUAUGGGUCUGCAGGCCGGCCGGCACCCUGUGGCGGGCGUCACGUGGCCCGUAGGAUGUAAGCUGAGUGUCACGGCCAUCGUCCACGUUUUAACCCAACGUAGCUCUGAGUCUUAUCCUUGUACCUGAGAAGCAGAGCCAUGAUCAUUUCUCUUGAUGCUAUGCUGGCAGCUACUUCACACAUCUAAUUGGAAAGCAAAUAAGAAUUACCCAAGAACAGUUCCAUACUGUAAAAACUGCCUGACCUUGAUCAAUACGGGCCCCACACGGGGAAAUUCAAGAGCAUUUUAAAUUUAAACAGGCAGGACAAACUAAUAGAGCCAAUUGCUUUGACUCUGUGGAAUUACACUGUAGGGAGUGGGGAGUAAAAAAGGCUAAUUAAACCAGUAAAUUCUCUCUGGGCUUCUGCUGUCCGCCACUUCGCUGGGAGCCCUGCACUAACUGUGACUGGUUUAACCCCACAGACCCCAAACACUACUGACAGUGCAGGGACUUGUGCACGCUGGAGUUCUCUCUGCAUUUGGCUUUUUGAGCUACACUUAUGCAUAAACGAAGAGACAUACUGGCUUUACAGGGAAGGUGUUGUGAAAGAGUAAAUAAAAUUUUAGCACAGCCAAUUGCAGCCACGGUGCUCAGACAAGAAGCCAUGGGCAGUUUUGUGACUGUGUUACAACCAGACUGACAGCAACAACAAACCUUUAAAGAGAGCACUGCUCUGUGUAAGCCUCUUCACCUGUGAGACAGCUCAUGUGGGAACAACGAGGCAGAAAGGCAAUCGUGCUUUAGUGCUUUGAGCAUUUGGGGGCAAUUUUAAUUUGAGUGUGUAUGUAAGGAUUUGAACCAGCCUCACCGAUUACUACAAAAUAAGACGAGUCAUGGAAGGUUGCUGAUCGUCUAAUUAAGCCCCUAAUUAGUGGAGAGCAGAUGACAAAGCACUUCAGCAAAAUAAAAUUUCAAAAACAAAAAGCAUGCAUGGCCAAUUUUGGCCACUUUUAGAGAAAAGAGAGAGACACGCAGUGACACAGCACAGCUGUUUUGAAUCCAGGGCCUGAGGACACAACAUUUUCAUCAUCAUUCUGCUUGUUAAGCCCACUGUCUGCCUCUGCAAAGCAACAUAUUUGCAAAUCUGGGCCGUUUAAAAUAAUCCCACUGCACUCCUGGAAGCUGCCAACACUUUCCUGGCUCAUAGGAAGGAUUGAUCGAUAACUUUAACGCCCUUAAACUGAGUUUUGGGAUUCACGCACUUGUAGUACUGUGUGUUUGGGUGAUGAUUAGUUUGCAUGACCUGCAUGUGUCAUUUAGGUUUAGCCUGAAAUGCAUGGUGCAUAUUAACCCUUAUACCCUCUUCUUUCAAAUAAUUAUAGCAAUGAAUCGUCAUGAUUUCAUGUUGUUUCAGGGUUUCAUUUAAUGCUGUGUGUGUGUUUGCAGUUUUGUCACAUGACACUGAUGAAUUAUGAUCCUCUUUCUUUUUUCUCCCCUUUUUAUGUGGCCGCGUGUGGCUCACGGUUGUAUUAUGCAUGGUUGCUGGGUUUCUAUUGUAUUGCACAUGGGUACUGCCCUGCAAGGACAUCAGCAGCUCGAAAAAUGUUUGUGGCUCUCUGUUGUUUGCUCACUUUGAAUGUUUCAUUUUGUUUGUGACAGAGAGCAGAGGGAUGCUCAACCUCCAUUUUUUCCUAAUGCCUGGUGAUGCUAAUGUUUGUCCCCACACACACACAUGCUCAAGCAUAUAUGCUCGCAUAUGUGUUACCUCUGUUAAUAAUCUCCUGUUAUCUCUCUUUGGUCCUUGUUUAGAAUCACAGUGCACACUGUGUGGUGAACCAGAAGACCAACAGUAUUCAUGGUCCCCCUCGCAGUACUUCGAUGAGGACAGCUACUCCCCUCCACCCAGGAACAUGAAGGGUCUCUCCGGCGGCCGCCCUGCCCACCUCCAGCUCACCUCCCCCACCUCUGCCCACACCUGCGGCCUGGCUGAUUGUGACCAUUCCCUGGACCACCUGCACCACCAUGUUGACUCACGGCCUCCUUCCUAUCUCCUCAGCCCCACUGAGAGCUGCCCCCUUGACGGUCAUCACCGCUGCUCCCCACGGAGCUCCAUCCACUCUGAGUGCAUGGUGAUGCCGAUGUCCAUGUCGGCCACUGACCACUCUAUCUCCAGUAGCACUUUCCCCCGCAUGCACUACGGCAGCGCUUCGCGGGACAGUGGCGGGAACGCCUCGGGUGGCAGGGAAUCUCGAGACAACGGCGGCUCAUCCUCGCACGGCGGCAGUGGCAAAAUGAACCGAAUCCCAGCAAACCUCCUGGACCAAUUUGAAAAACAGAUGCCACUGCACCGGGACGGCUUCCACACGCUGCAGUACCAGCGCACCUCCACCACGACCACGACUACAGAGCAGCGCAACGAAAGCCCCGGGCGAAUACGCCACUUAGUCCACUCAGUACAGAAGCUUUUCACAAAGUCACACUCCCUGGAGGGCUCCUCCAAGAUGAACGGCACCAAAGGUGACUCGCACAGGGAAAGCUCGCACCACCACCAUCACCACCACCAAGGCCACCACAAACACAGCAAACGCAGCAAGAGCAAAGAGCGCAAGUCCGACAGCAGCAAGCAGCGCUCGGGAGGUUGGUGGAGUUCGGAUGACAACCUUGACAGCGACAGCACAUACAGAACGCCGAGCGUCAUGUCACGGCAUCCUGUCGACCACAUCAGCCACUGUUACCCCGAGUCUGUGCACGGCCACAUGGUGGGAGAUCUGUCGCUAAAGACCUCCAAAAGCAACAACGACGUGAAGUGCUCAGCCUGCGAAAGUAUAGCCAUGGCGCCAGAGGGCAAGUUCAUGAAGAGAAGCUCCUGGUCAACGCUGACAGUUAGCCAGGCCAAGGAGGCCUACAGGAAGUCCUCACUCAACUUGGAAAAGCCAAUGAUGCCCACAGAUCUCAAGCCCAACCUCAGGCCCUGCCACUAUCUACAGGUGCCCCAGGAUGAGUGGGGGGGUUAUCCUGGAGGUGGGAAGGACGAUGAGAUACCUUGCCGUCGGAUGCGGAGCAGCAGCUAUGUUAAAGCCAUGGGGGACGAGGAGAGCGGCGAGUCAGACUCCAGCCCCAAGAUGUCGCCUCAGAAGUCAGUGCGGCCAGACGCCCUGGUCAAGGCCAUCAUCAGACCCAGGGAUCUGCUGGACUCCCAGAGCUCUUACCGCCUGGAUAAAAUCAACAGUGACAUGCGUAACUACAUCACCAAUUUUGCUGCAGACUUGAGUCAGAGCUACCACUUGCAAGCCACCAGGGACAUGCACCCAAGCAUUGCCCUGGAUCCCUCCACCAACUACAACUCACCCAAGUUUCGCUCCAGGAAUCAGAGCUAUAUGCGGGCUGUCAGCACCCUCAGUCAGGCUAGCUGUGUUAGCCAAGUGAGCCAGGUGAGUGAAACAGAAAUUAACGGCCAGUUUGAGUCUGUGUGCGAGUCUGUGUUCAGCGAGGUGGAAUCCCAGGCCAUGGACGCUUUGGACCUGCCCGGCUGCUUCCGAACCCGGAGCCACAGCUACCUGCGAGCCAUCCAGGCUGGCUACUCCCAAGACGACGACUGCAUUCCCCCCAUGGCCUCCACCGUCACCUCCACCAUCAGGUCCACCACAGGGAUCCAGUUCUGCCUCCCCUCCACCUGCAGCAUUGAUUGGACACCCCAACAAACCCCAGCCAUCACCUACACACCUAGCUAUAAGAAGACCCCUCCUCCAGUCCCGCCACGCACCACCUCCAAACCGCUCAUCUCCAUCACGGCCCAGAGUAGCACCGAGUCCACCCAGGACGCCCACCACGAGGGGAGGCACCCUCAUGGUGGGAUGUGGGCGUCCGACGGCAUCAGCUUGGGGUUGACCCCGGGCAGAGGCCUCUACAAUUCCAACGACAGCCUGGAUAGCACCAAAGCUGUUACUAUAGCGAUGGAGGCGGCCAGAGUCAUGGCUGGAAAAAGACACCCGUCCACAGACUCUCACAGCUCAGUGCUCACCUGCGAUAAGGCCGUCCUCGUGUCAAAGGCCGAGGAGUACUUGAAAACACCUCGAUCAUCUAUAGGGAUACAGGUGGAAGCAGCCACGGACUCUGAAUCUGAAAGCAAAGGCUCACGGGAGUACCAUUCUGUUGGGAUCCAGGUAGAGGAUGAAAAGAAAGGACAGGGAAGGUUCAAACGCUCCAACAGCGUGACUGCAGCUGUGCAGGCCGACCUGGAGUUGGAGGGCUUUCCCACCAUGGAGGACAAAGGCCUGCAGUUUGGUGGGGGAUUCCAGCGUCACUCAGAGCCCAGCACACCUACCCAGUACGGGGCAGUGCGGACCGUGCGCACCCAGGGGCUCUUCAGCUACCGGGAGGAUUAUCGUACCCCUGCUGAACCCCCCAGUCCCCGGGAGACCACCAGCGAAACGACCUGGCAGCUAGAACCCCCCUCCCCGCGGGAGAACGCGGCUUCGCCGGGCGAGUCGGGGAGGGCGUCCCCUUCCCUGCGGAGGGACGGGAGCUGGUUCAUGCAGUUGCUCCACAAUGAAACAAAGAGGAUGGAGGGCUGGUGUAAGGAGAUGGAGGCAGAAGCUGAAGAGAAUGACCUGUCAGAGGAGAUUCUAGGGAAAAUCCGAAGUGCAGUGGGAAGCGCUCAGCUGCUCAUGUCUCAGAAAUUCCAGCAAUUCUACUGGCUGUGUCAGCAAAACCUGGACCCCAGUGCCAUGCCGCGACCCACCUCUCAGGACCUGGCUGGGUUCUGGGACCUGCUGCAGCUCUCCAUCGAUGACGUCACCAUAAAAUUUGACCAGCUGCAGCAGAUCAAGAACAACAACUGGAGGCCUGUAGAUAGCCCAGAGAAGAAGGCACCAGCUCCCGUACCAAAGAAGACAAUUCGACAGAAGAGUGCAAUGACGAGGGAGAAAUCCCUGGACCUCCCAGAUCGGCACCGGCAGGAAGCCCGCCGACGGCUCAUGGCAGCCAAGCGGGCGGCCUCUUUCCGGCAGAACUCAGCCUCGGAGCGAGCGGACAGCAUCGAGAUCUAUAUUCCAGAGGCUCAGACUAGACUUUGAGAGGAUCGGGUCAGGGGCUAACGUGUCUCCCUAUUUCAAACAAAACUUUAAAACUAGCCUUUUUCUAGACUGCUAAUCUCUCUACUCUUCCUUUAUCCAUCUGUCGUCUGAUCUGAUAGCCAUCCUCAGUGCCCAUCGCCAAAACCCCAGCGGACUGUAGGAUGCGCCAAGGCUAUACUCCUGCAUCCAGAGCGAGUGUUAGCAGAAAUGUAUGUCUGACAUGAGUCGCUUGGGGUUCUCCUUAGCUCACUCUCAUGACACCCGACCUACAAGCUCUCUCAUCCAGUGUCCUGGAUGGAUACAUCUGUAGUUUUUCAGCAUUUGCAAAGUGCCAUUUAAAAAGUGCAGCUUUGAGAACCUACCAGCAACCAGGCCUUUGAGCUAAAAGAGUAAAUGAGAGAUUUAUUUAUUUCAAGUUGUUCAAAAACGGUUAAAGUUAGUAGCCCUCCGAUACUUUUUGAUCAUUUGAAAAUUACCUUAUGAUUUCUUUUCUUUUGGGGAAUAAGAAGCUAAGUAUCACUAAAUUGUUGUAAGUUCAAGUCUUUGCAAAGUGCCAAUGCUUGAAAUACCUCAACUGUGUGCAUGUGGCACUGGUUACACAUCCAAGGUUAUUCAGGCAGCCCUAAAUAAGCUCUGGACUGGUCAGUGUUGAAAAAUGCAGCUUUCUACCCAAUCUGGUUGUAGUCAAACAUUCUUCAUGGGCUGGAUUGGUGGAAGAAUGACAUCAGCUCAUCAACGCGCACAUUUCAAACAUCUUUCCUAUAUAUCUCACGUUGCCAACUUUCAGAUAUCGACAUUUACUUGAAGCUGAAAACAUGCAAGUCUUGUGCCAACACAUUCAUCAUGUCAAUGCAGUAGAAACCAGUAUGAAAGUGUCUGUAACUCCUUAGAUUGAAAUGUGUAGACAAAUGCACUUAUGCACUUAUUACAGUUCUCUGUAUUUCCAAGGGAAAUGUACAUACCCCAGUUCACAAUAGUACUGUUGUAUUUUUGAAUUGUGAGUGGGAUGAAUAUUCAUCGUGUUUCCCCACUGCGUCUCCACUGUUUUCCGCCCUUUCGUUUGCUCUUGACUCCUCUGGAUUUGUUGCACACAUGCAGUCAUUUUGAUCGCGCACACACUCUACGCCGCACGGCCGUCUUUUCAUCCGACAUGCUUCUGUCAGGCCCUUUCAAGUUGCACCCUCAGCCACAGUUAAUGAGGAGUGAUGGAGAGAAAAAUGUCAAAACAUAAACAAAAUAUCUGCAUACGCGCUUCUUUAAUCUAUGAAGUACUUUGUAAUUUUUCCCAUUUCUUGAAAAAUUCAGUGUAGUUUGAAGUCUCCCUGUGGCUGACACCCUUUAGGAAAAGAUGGGGAAUAAUGAAAUGAAAUUGGGGCAAAGGCUUUUCCAGAGGGAUGCAAGCAGCAAGUCUCAAAUAGCUAAAACUCUGCAAGAGCCCUGCUGAACAGAAAGAACGGGCUGUGCACACCGAUGCCAAUUUUAAGUAGUGAAUGGAGAUUUGCACAAUCCUAAAUUCCACACAAACAAAAGCUAAAGAUCACCUACAUCUAUAUAUGCAACUGUUACAGAGGUCUGGGGUUUUCAAAGUGUGGUUCGGGGACCUCCAGGGGUCCACGACUCAAAAUAGUUUGCUGUCAAUCUGUAAGGGCGCAAUACACACCAAUAAAACUAUUGUAAUCAGUGAAGGAAUAGCUGGUUUGAUCCAAUCCUGGUCCGUGAUUGUGUUCCUCAUAAAUUCAUUCUGAGCAAAACGCUAAAAUUCUGCUGCUUAAUUAUGAAACUUUGGUGCCGGUGAUUUCGACGUUCGCUCCACUGUGUUGCUGAUGUCGCUGUCAAAUCAUUGACCUAAAGACUGAAGUCUAUUAGUAAAACCUUUGGGAUAAUCAACCCACUAAAUGGUGCUGCUUUUUAUUUAAUCAGUACAGUACUAGACAAAUAAUCAAGUCGAAAUAAUGCGCUGUCCACUGAACGGUACAUCACUUUAAAAAUCUAUUUUUAUGACUAAUUGUGCCCGAGUGCCUGGCUUCAUUAUGGGUGGGUUCAGGGAUAUGAAUCAUAUGAUAGCAGUAAAAAAACAAAGUCCCUGGAUUUGAAUAGUGUGUGUGUGUGUGUGUGUUGCUGAUGUGUGAGCGUGGAUCUUGUUUUUGUAGCACAAUGCUGACUCUAAGUCAAUCUAAGGUCUGCGCGUCAUUUUCCUAUUACUACCCAGCUGUGGCCUGACCUCCAUCGCCCGCCGCACCCCCACACAGAUCUACACGCCAUCGCUGUGCCAUCAGCUGUUUGAUAAAUUGUAUUUUAGAUACCUUGAUUUACUUUUUGCUCCUGCGAAUUGUACUUUUGAGUAAACGCAGUAUUUUUUUGAACCAUGCGCAUCCUUGAAGACAAACUCCGAGCAUACGUGGGAUUCACACUUGUUUUCAAGCUACCAUGUAUGACACAUUCCUUAUCUGCCAAACUUCUUGUAGCAAACCUCAGACAACACAUUACAGAAUGACCAGGUAACCAAAGUCUGCGAUGGAGUGACAGCGUUUCAAUAAUGAAACAAGAAAACACGGCGAGCUCGAAUUCUGUUGGGUUUUUCAUUGCAGAGGCAGGGAGCUUUAAUAGUGAGACAGUGGGUAUCUGGAAAGCGUCUGGGUGUGCGAUGCCAGGCAGUUGGCAGAGCGGGGACGUUCCCCUGCUGUUGCCACAGUGGCAGACAGACGGCAGAGAGACAGACUCGGGUUGACAUAUGCUGGCUUAGAGGAGACGAGAGCUCGGCGCUGAGGCCCAAACUGCUGGUGCUGUGUGCUGUUCUGUAGCUGGAAGGCUGUUCAUGUGAGGAUCGCUCGCUGCUGCGCCGGGUCAUUUUUAGCCUCUCUUUGACUAAGCAAAGCAGCUUAUGUAAGAUUUUGGGUCCUUGGUGAGAUCAAGCAAACUGCCUCUAAGGCCCUUCAAAGCUUGUGUUGAUAAAUGUAUUGCUGAAUUGUGGCCUGCACUGUAGAACUUAAGCAUCAGCACUACAUGUUUCUGCUGGGCUGAGGCUGAAACGACUGAGGAGUUUCUCCCUUACAUAUCUCGAGCAGGGCCGUGAAAAACGUAGUAUAACCGCCACCUGAUUCAGUUUCAAGCAUUUCAUUUGCACCUUUAAGACGCAUCGCAUAAUUUGCCAGGAGGCCUUUUUUUCUAGUCGGACCUUGAAGGAACCAGGGGAGAUGGAAAAGGGCAAUAAGGAGACGAGUGUGAGUAAAUUUACAGAUGCAUUUAGAGAUAAGAACUGUGCAGAAAUCAUCCCUCCCUCAUCACCCCAGAGACAAACCUCGCUGCUCUGACGGCUGGGUUUUGUCUCCCAGUGAAAAUCGUUUUCCAUCGAUGACACCGUUUCUUUUGAGGUGUAAACGCAUUCUCACAUGAACUCUUUUUCACAGAGCGAUCUUGUAUUCCCUCGAAGCCGACUGUAGCGCUUAUUCUGCACUGAAUCCUUCUGGAUGACGCGCAGCAUGAAUCCGAUACUGUGAGCGCCAAGGGAGUCUUCUUUUGAGGAUGCAGUUGCAGCGCUUUCCUUUAGGUGGCCCGCUGAAACCUCGUGUGAACCCCGAGCGUACAAAAUUUCAACAAUGCUGUAUUCAGUGCCAGGAGGGCAGCGGCCAACUGCAAGUGCAAUGUCUUUGACUUAUCCAGCAAACUGUAAAGUUCUUACUGCACAUUAGUUUUACGUAAUCAAACCAUGACUGCCGUCGCCGACCCAUCUCCAAACAUGCCGUUUGAGCUUGUAUCUACACAUUCUGUGGCCUCACUUCUGGUACGACUGUCUAUGCGCUUUAAACUCUAGAACCCAUGACGUGAACUAUUUCAAGGGGACUUUUUGGUAAUCGUGCCAUGGAAAGAAACACACUGAUACAACACUUCCUAGAAGUUGGAAUGUGAAACAACUCUAUAAUUACUAGACAAAAUGAAAAAAGGUAGUUGUUUAGCUAAAACUAUUUUCAUCUCUUGUAUAUCAUAUCUAUAGGAAGGAUGAAUAUAAUGCCAAAUAUUCAUUAUUUGUAAAGAAAUAUAUAUAUAGAUAUAUAAAUAUAAAAUAUAUGCUUCAUUGAAACAACUAUUUUCUGCACUUGCUCAUGUUUUGCUGUUAUUCUCACUUUGUUAUGGUUCCUUUCUAAGCUGAUAUGAUGGCAUGCAAAAAAAAAAAACUGAUUUUGAAUGUAGGCUUAUUUAUUCUUGUUUUUAAGAAUUAUGACACUGUCACACUGAUGUACAUUUGUUAUGUAUUUAUUUAAGUCUGCCACACGUGCAUCUCUCAAGGCGCGUUCUUUCAGUGCAAGUUACCUUAUCGUUAAUUUAUUUUGUAUUAUGCAUUUUCCUCCAUUCUUUCAGAGCUGUUGGGAGAUUUUGCCUAUUUGACUCGUUGAUCAUUGCUUAGUUCACUCAGUGUAAAUAAUUCUGCAAUUAAAUUUUUUGAGAAAAAAUUUGAGACAAGUUUGUCUUUGUGGUCCUUUUUACUUUGAACAGUAACUCGCUGCUGUUGUGAUCAUCACAGCAAAAGUAUUCACGUAAACUUAGACAUUAUACAUUACACUGCAUUUAAUCCACUGGAGUGGGUAUGCCAGAAUUACAGCUUUCUGAUGCCUUUCCUAACAGUAACUGUACUUCCAGCGGAGGGAUUUUCUCUCACCGGAGGGGAGCUAAACGAAUUCAUCAAACUGCUCUUGACAUUUCAUGCAUUUUAGAUCUGUGGCCCGCUAACGAAAAUAGCAGUGAAAUAAAGAUGAAGUGUAGCUCUGAAUCAUCAGUCAAAGAAAUUGGUACACUUACUUUCCGAUGUUCAUAGUGUGUCAGGAGGUUCACCAAAGAACUGGCAUUUAUAUAAAAGAAUAACUGAAUGAACUGACUUUUGUUUUUUCACAUCUAACAAAAGCGAUCAGCGUGCGUCAGCUUACUAUAAAUCAAUCUUAUCCAAUUCAGGGUCACGGGGGAGCCGAGGCCUACCCCAGCUGUCACAGGGUCCACCGUGGAAAGGUUGUCAGUCUGUCGCUGGGCUAGCGCGCAGAGGAUGACAACCCUUCAAGCUCACGGUCACACCUACAGCCAAUUUAGAACCAGCAAUUAACCUGACCCCAUGCACGCCUUUGGAGAGAAAACGCAACAUCACACAGGUGCUUCUUGAUGAGAAUCGACAGUGCCCAUGUGUUCAGCUUACCCUUGAACACCAUUCUUUAAAGCAACCCACAUAAUGCUUCUGGCACUAAAGAGUUCUAUAUUC